CCUCAGCCGUCACUGAUCUUACGGUAUGCACUGUGCGGCAUGAACGAUUAGAAUAAGCGGGGUAUACAAUACAAAACCGGACGCCCCCAUGGUGUAGGCAUCGUGUGCCUCUUGAAGGUUUUUUUUUUAUUAUUUACGUGGUAUAUCGGACGGUGCCUUGCGUGACAUGCACGUUACCGUCUUCCUGAAAAAUGCCGUAUUGGGCACGGCGCUCGACAUGGCUGACACCGUCCAAGAAAUCAGGAAUAGUCCUUCUUGGCACUCUGGUUUUGAUAGCUUCAGACAUGCGUUUGUUAACAUAGCUAGUUGGGUCGGAUGGAAGGGGAAAUCCUUUCCAGUUGAGAGGAGCGUGGGUCCAUUAUAUGUAGCCGCUCCUUCUAGGGGCCCAUACGGCAACCUCUGGCUGUCUCGCUAUGACGUCGUCGUGUGCUAGACUAAGUACUAACGACUCAUGGAUCAAGACGCAUGAUAUGGACACCGAAUUCCGCUCGGUAUAUCCCCAAACUGUGUCACGGUCUUGGUUUUUCAGU